AUGAAAAUUCUCCAUCUAUUGUCAACCUUGACAGAAGUUUGUCCAUCAUUAAUCCCAUUGUCUUCUUACGCCUGCAGCGUUUCUUAUUCAAUUUUUUCUAUUUUCUUUUUUUCUUUCAUUUUGUUUGAUAUUUGGUUAAGCCCCUGCUUCCUUUCUUUCUUUCUUUCUUUCUUUCUUUCUUUCUUUCUUUCUUUCUUUCUUUCUUUCUUUCUUCAAGCUUUUUAUGGCCUAUAUAUUCUGUUUUUUUUUUCUUUUAUUUCCUUUUGUCUAUUUCAGUACAGCUCUUUUCGUUUCUUUUUUCUCCUUUCUCUUCUUUUUUAUUUCUUUCUUUCUUACUUUCUCAUAAUUUCAUGGCCCAUCCUUUGUUGGCCCAUUAUUUCUUUUAAUUCCAUCUGUCUGUUUCUUUUUCUUUCUUUUACGAUUACUCUGCCUCUUUCUUUCUUUUUUCUUUCUUUCUUUCUUUCUUUCUUUCAUUUGCAAGCUUUUUAUGGCCUAUAUACUCUAUUUUUUUCUUUUCUUUCCUUUUUUUGUUUCAGUAUACGUCUUUUCGUCUCUUUUUCUUCUUUCUUCUCUUCUUUUUUUAUGUCUAUCUUUUUCCCCGCCUUUUCCUUCCAGUCUUUUCCCCACGUUUUUCUCCAGUAUUUUUAUUCAUUUAUUAUCUUUUGCCAUUUUCUUCCUGUCUUUCUUUCCUUCUUUUUUACUUUUUCUUUCUUUCUUUCUUUAUUUAUUUUUUCUUUCUUUCUUUCUUUCUUUCUUUCUUUCUUUCUUUCUUUCUUUCUUUCUUAUGACUGUUUGUUCAUGUCUUCUUUCUUUCUUUCUUUCUUUCUUUCUUUCUUAUGGCUGUUUUUUCAUGUCUUCUUUCUUUCUUUCUUUCUUAUGACUGUUUGUUCAUGUAUUCUUUCUUUCUUUCUUUCUUUCUUUCUUUCUUUGUGUUUAUCUUUUUUUCCGUAUGCCAUUUUUUCUCUUCUAUUUCAGUCUUUAAAACAUAUGCGCCUCUUGUAA